AUGUCAGCACCGCCAGUGGAUUACUACGCCGCCCUAGAGGUUGACUCCAAGGCAACACAGGAGCAGAUUCGCACUGCUUACAAGAAGUACGUUUCUCGAAUGUUUUCAGCAAUCACGCCACCUAACAAGCCUUCAGACNAAGCACUGAAGCACCAUCCCGAUCGUGUACCUGCUGAUUCGCCAGAACGCGCAUCUCGUACCAGAAAGUUCCAACAGAUCAACGACGCCUACUACACUCUAUCAGACCCGACCAGACGAAGGGACUACGACGCCACAAGACGCUAUCAUGGAUUCGGCUCUGGAUUUGGCGGAUUCGGUUCUGGCUCAAACACGGCCCCAGGUGGCUACAGUGAUCCAGAAGAGGAGGUUCCACGACCAGAGCCUGGCAAUCAGCAAGGAGGAGGUUUCAGCUUCCCAUGGAGUGCUUUUGGCUUUGGUGGACAAGCAAAGAACGAGGAGGAUGCAAACAAGUUUAGCAGCGAACAAUUCGGCAAUGUCUUCGAGGAGAUGCUCAGGGAACAAGGCAUGGCCGAGGGUCAAAACAACACCCCGACAGGCAGAUUCUGGUCUCUGGUUGGCGCAGUGAGCGGUGGUGCAAUGGGCUUCAUCAUUGCCAACGUGCCCGGUGCCAUCGCAGGCACCGUGGCAGGCAACAGACUGGGUGCUGUCAGAGACAACAGAGGCAAAAGUGUCUACGCUGUCUAUCAAGAGUUGGAUCAGCCAGCAAAGAUGCGUCUGCUUAGCGAGCUGGCGAGCAAGGUGUUCGCUCAUGCCAUAAGCUGA